AGCGGGCACCAGUUGUCACCGAGUAGAUGGAUCCAUGGCACCGUGGCAUGGGCGAUUCAGCCCUCCGGAUGCAGAUCGUGGCGGGCAGCGCGGCCGGUAUCUUUGCAGAUUUCAUCACACACCCGGUCUCUACCAUCAAAACACGCCUGCAGAUCCAGGGGAGUGGCGGUGGUCUUCAUGGGGCUGUAUCAUACCGAGGGGUCACGCACGCACUGCUGCACAUUCUGAGGAAUGAAGGUCCCUUUGCCCUUUAUCGGGGCUUGGGGGUGGUCGUGGUUGGAGCAGCGCCGGCGCAGGGUCUGUAUUUCGGCAGCUACGAGGCUGCCAAGAAGAGCCUGGGAGGAGGCCACAGUGGAAACUUCGCUGCGGGAGUUUGCGCGCAGCUUGCUGGCUCUGUGGCCUGGGUGCCCGUUGAAGUGGUGAAGGAGCGGCUGCAAGUUGAGGGCCAAGUGAAGGCUGCGACUGCUUACAGUGGCUCCUUCGAUGCCUUUAGGAAGAUCCUUCAGCAUGAGGGUGUGGUUGGAUUGUACCGGUCAUUCCCAAUUCAUCAAGUGCCCUGGAUCCCCUUCAACGGAUGUUAUUUCGCAGUGUACGAGAAGUUGAAGGAGAUGUCGCUAGACGCAGGGUACGCAGAUGCCAAUGGCAACCUAGAUCCCGUGGCGCAGCUGUCCUGUGGCACAACAGCAGGAGUUGCAGCGGGAUUGGUGACCAAUCCUGUGGACGUCCUGAAGACGCGGCUCCAGGUGGCCAACGCCAACCCAGACAUGUUUCCCUACAGCAGCGGCUUCGGAGCUGCGCAGCACCUGCUGCAACACGAGGGUGCUGCAGCGCUAAUGGACGGUGCUUUGGCCAGAGUCCUGUGGCUGACGCCCAGGCUCACACUUUGCGUUUUUGCCUACGAACGGAUGAAGUCGCACCUGUUUUGAGCAAUUCUUCCAGCAUGCGCAAGCCCAGCGUGCUUCCUGUGUUGACAGGCGCCUGAUUGAAGUGCGCCUCAGCACCGCGCGCCCCGUACUGUGCGUGCUUGCUCACGUGUGCGACAAAGGCGGCUGAACUGUGAGCCACGAA